AUGGGAGCAGUUUCGAGCAGACGAUUGCAACCACAUUCGGCUCUACAAGGUAUUGAAGAGGAGGUUCAAGCAGAAGGCACGGACGAUAUUGUUGGGAAUGAUUAUGAACAAAGCCUUGGAGAUGAAAUACCUGCUUUGCGUAUUGCCAAGCUGCGUCACAAGCUUACCAAUUCCAAAGCCCAGCACGAGGACCAAGGUGAAGCGCAACAUAUUCAGUUCGUCGAUCAUUCUUCGGAUAUCAGAUUGCACGGCAAGAAACCAUUCCGGAAGAGUGAGUGGAAGCCUGACGCACCCGAGUUCAUUCCUAUUGCGCAGCAACGCAUCGUCAUGCAGCAGCUCGACGGAAACAGGGACCAGCAGAUCGAGCGUCAGCAAGAGUUGGGCCUGAAGGAAUUACAAUAUCAAGGCUUAGAUGAAGAAGGAGUCUUAUCGCGGACUGUCAACUCACAGAUGGCAAAGAGCGCUGUUCCAAGCUUCCCCAUUACCGAUGAGAACGAGAGUCCCCGGCCUGCCGCAUCCACGAAGCAUCGGAACCAUGCAGCUGAGGGUGGUAGUAGUCAAUCCACGACUGGAUCACAACAAGCAAGCGACAGGGUCAUUAUCGCAUACCCGAAGAAAGCACGGAAGAGAGGGAAAAGGUCGAGGAAGGAGGCCAUUAGUCGUAGAAAGGGAACGAAAAGUGAGCCUGCAGGCAUCGGCUUGACCACUGAUAUCGAUCACACCUGA